GAAGAAAGCGAACUCUGUUCAACUCAACAAGGAGGUUCUGCUUCUGUUAAACAUCGUUUUACUACCAUUAACAAGUUUUAGAUAUCAGAUGUAUUGAUAAUAAUGCAGUAGAAAUAGUUUUAAAGUGAAUAAUGUAGCUUUACUGUAGAUUAAAUCGUUCAUAGAUAGUAAAUUCGGAUCAUAGACGCCCAAAGGCGGUGGAUUUCGAAGCGGAAGUGGAAAGUGUACAUUCGCAUGACCUGCUAGGACCUGCCAGCUCCAACCUUUCCGAAUCGUCCUGCUUUAUUUCUUCUCCGUCCUCGUUCCAUAACCCAACAUGUCCUUGGCCCUGAAGCAAGUCUUCAACAAAGACAGAACGUUCCGGCCCAAGCGGAAGUUCGAGCCGGGCACGCAACGCUUCGAGCUGCACAAGAAGGCGCAGGCGUCCCUGAACGCCGGCCUGGACCUGAAGCUGGCGGUGCAGCUCCCGCACGGCGAGGACCUGAACGACUGGGUGGCCGUGCACGUGGUGGACUUCUUCAACCGCAUCAACCUGAUCUACGGCACCAUCAGCGAGUCCUGCACCGAGCAGACCUGCCCCGUCAUGUCCGGCGGCCCCAAGUACGAGUACCGCUGGCAGGACGAGCACAAGUACAGGAAGCCCACGGCGCUCUCCGCCCCCAAGUACAUGAGCCUGCUGAUGGAAUGGAUCGAGGUCCAGAUCAACAACGAGCACAUCUUCCCCACCAACGUCGGUACGCCCUUCCCCAAAAGCUUCAUGCAGGUAGCUAAGAAGAUCCUGUCGCGUCUGUUCCGCGUCUUCGUUCACGUCUACAUCCAUCAUUUCGACCGGGUGAAUCAGAUGGGCGCGGAGGCGCACGUCAACACCUGCUACAAACAUUUCUACUACUUCGUUACUGAAUUCAGUCUCACAGACCACAAGGAGCUGGAACCACUGAAAGAGAUGACGUCCCGGAUGCUUCACUGAGCUGCCGUCCGUCCCGAGGUGGUGCGCCCCAGACAGACGUUUCAGAGACUCUAUUUUUAUACACUUUCUAACGUACUGUACUGAUGUGUUUAGCUAAACCAUGUAAACAGCGCUCGCUUUAACCUGCUCCAUCUUUUCUCUAGUGCAGUAUUAAUAGCUGAUAUAUGUUUUAAUUUUUAAUUCUGAAUCAUUCCAGUACGCCUUUUCUUCCUCCCUAAAGAUCUAAAGCAUACAGAUUAUAUUUGUGGAUAUUUAUGUGUGUUAAAGACAUUAAAUAUAUUCUGCUUA